UAAUCAAAUCUUAUUUCUACCAUUGAAUCAAAUGAAUUAAACAACAAUAUCGGUUGUGGUGUUCAUUUUUCAGACUGCACAUAUACACUAAUACAACCUAUUUUAAAUAUAUAGAAGUAACAUUUGACUGUAAUUUAACCUUUCCAAUACUGAUACUAAUGCCCAACAUGUCUAACAUUCUUCAGAAGUCUCUUCUUUUGUCUUGAGAAAGCAAUGGAGAGCCAAGCUUUCUUCAUCUUCUUCUUCUCCUCCUUUGCUUCACUACUUUCCUCAACCUUCUUGAAAUUCUCCAUUGCAGGUGAUACCUUAGCUUCAAACCAAUCCCUCCGGGAUGGCGACACUUUAGUUUCCACCAGCCAAAGAUUUGAGCUCGGCUUCUUCUCUCCCGGCAGCUCCAAAUUCCGGUACUUGGGAAUAUGGUACAAAGCCACCCCAGAUAUAGUUGUGUGGGUCGCCAAUCGACACAAUCCAAUAACAGGUUUACAAGGAGUCUUGACUAUCAGUGGUAAUAGAUCACUGGUUCUUCUCAAUGGAACACAGAGCAUUGUCUGGUCAUCUAACCUAUCAAGAGUCGAAGAAAGUCCAGUGGCACAGCUCUUAGAUUCUGGAAAUCUUGUUCUGUUUGGCAAGACAGAAACAUAUUCAGAUAGUUUCCUAUGGCAGAGCUUUGAUUUCCCGUGCAAUAUGCGGAUACCUGACCUGAAGAUGGGAGAGAACAACAGAACAAGUCUAGAUCAGUACUUGACAUCAUGGAAAAGCGCUGACGAUCCAUCUCCGGGAGAGUUUACUUACAGAGUUGAUAAUCAUGGGUUGCCUCAACUAGUACUUAGAAUGGGAUCAAUAAAAAAGUACCGGACCUGGGUAAAACUCACAUUCAUUAAUCUUCCCUUGUACAACAAUCCGGCAUUUAAAACAACGUUGGAGUUCAACAACAAUAGAUUGAUAUAUAUCUAUGAACCAUACAACAGCUCUGUCUUUACAAGAUUAACACUAAACGAGUCGGGGGUGCUUCAACGCUAUAUACUGAACAAAAAGAACACUUGGGAUCUUAUGUUCACGGUUCCACGUGAUCUGUGUGACAGUUAUGGAUAUUGUGGUCCUAAUGGUAUUUGCAGAAUCUACAAAUCACCGUUGUGCGAGUGUUUGAAGGGGUUCAUUCCAAAUUCCCAACAAGAAUGGGAUGUUCUUGAUUGGUCCAGUGGAUGCGUAAGAAGUGUGCCAUUAGAUUGCCAGAAUGGAGAAGGGUUUGUGAAGGUUGUACAGGUCAAGUUGCCUGACCUGUUGGAGUUUCGGUUAAACAUAGGUAUGAGCAUCAAGGAAUGUGAGGAGGAGUGUUUGAAGAACUGUUCUUGUAUAGCUUAUGCUAAUUCAAACAUUAGUGGAGGUGGCAGUGGUUGUUUGAUGUGGUUUGGGGAUCUGAUUGAUAUCCGGGAGAGCUUCCAAGACAAUAGUGAGCAAGAUAUCUACAUACGCUUGCCAGCUUCAGCAAUAGAUUCAAUUCAUGAUUCAAAUAAUAAGAAAAGACUUGUGAAGAUCCUACUGCUAUCAGCAACUUUAGGAAUACUUACCUUGGGCACAGUAUGUGGCUGCAUAAUAAUGAAGGUAAAAGCAAAGAGAAGAGCUCUAAACGGGAAGAAAGAAAGCUUGGAAUUACCUUUAUUUGAUUUCACAACUAUUGCUGCUGCUACAAGCAACUUCUCCGAUGCAAAUAUGAUUGGAGAAGGUGGCUUUGGUCCUGUUUAUAAGGGCAAAUUGUCCACAGAACAAGAAAUAGCAGUGAAAAGGCUGUCAAAAGGUUCGGGACAAGGUCUAGAAGAGUUCAAGAAUGAAGUUACCUCAAUUGCCAAACUUCAACAUAGGAACCUUGUCAGGCUUCUUGGAUGCUGCAUUCAAGGAGAAGAAAGGAUGCUGAUCUAUGAGUACAUGUGCAACAAAAGUUUAAAUUAUUUUAUUUAUGACCAGAAUAGAAGUACAUUACUGGCUUGGCAAAAGAGGUUUGACAUUGUUAUGGGGAUUGCACGGGGACUUCUAUAUCUCCACCAAGAUUCUAGAUUAAGAAUAAUUCACAGGGAUCUCAAAGCAAGCAAUAUUCUGCUAGAUAAUGAUCUGAUUCCAAAAAUUUCAGAUUUUGGCUUGGCAAGAAUUUUUGAAGGAGAACAAAUUUGUGCAAAAACAAAAAGAGUCAUUGGAACAUAUGGCUAUAUGUCUCCAGAGUACGCAAUUGACGGGAAAUUCUCUGUGAAAUCUGAUGUAUUCAGUUUGGGUGUGCUUUUGCUAGAAAUAGUGAGUGGCAAAAGGAACAGAGGUUUUCAUCAUCCUGAUCACCACCACAAUCUUCUAGGGCAUGCAUGGUUGCUGUGGAAUGAAGACAGGGCUUUGGAACUAAUGGAUGCAUGUUUGAAGGAUUCAUGUGUGGAAUCUCAAGUACAGAGAUGUAUUCAAGUGGGCCUAUUAUGUGUUCAGAAACUCCCACAAGACAGGCCGGCAAUGUCAUCUGUAGUGUUCAUGUUGGGAAAUGAGGAAGCAAUAUUGCCUCAGCCUAAACAACCUGGUUUCUUCAUUGAAAGAAGUUCCAUUGAUGCAGAUACUGCAACAAGAAGUGAAGAAUUUUAUAGGAAUGGUGAAGUACCCAUAACAAUAUUGGAUGCUAGAUAGAGUAUUCAUCACAGUUGUUAAUAUGAUUUUAGAAAUAGAUGUUAUUUCAACUUCAGUAUUUUUGUAGACUUCAUUUUAUUUCUUAAAACCACGGAGCUCAAAAGUCUUAAAUUUUCUAUUUA